AUGGCGACCUUAAAUUUUUUCAAUACCGUGGAGAAUAUCGUUGAGAGAGCAAAAACUAGCGAGCAUAUCAUUCGAAAUGCGGUAAAACAUUUUGAAGCAGAGGACACGGAUGUGGGAGGAAGUAAGAAGAAUAAGUACGCGAAAACGUUAGAGGAGCUACAUAAGUUUGAAGCCACGGGAGAUCCUCUUGGUGAAGGGUUCGUCGCUGAUUACAAAUCUGUCGUCGAUCAGCAAAUUAAGCUUCUGGAGGUCUUGUGUGAGCAGAAGUUAUAUGUUGAUAAGAAACUGAAGAAUGCUAAGAAAUUGAAGAAAAUAUCGUAUGUGGCUUUAGGGGCUGUGGCCACUGUUUUUGUUGCACUCGCAUUUAUAAGUCCUGCAGGUCCUCAGGUUGGUCAAAUGGCUCAAGCUCAAAUGGCUAUGUUGUCCCGACCAAUACAAGCUACAAGGGUAACGUUCAACGAGAUGUUGACCAAGUACGAGAACAAUGUGAAGACGUAUAAAGGUUUGCUUACAUCGGCGGAAAAGAGUGUGAAAGUCAACAAAGAAGCGACGGAGACCAUAAAUUCCCAAGUCAAGAAUCUAACAGGGAAACUCUCGUCCAUUUUAGAGCAAGUGGACUUUGCUGUGGAAAGAGAAGAAGAGGAGGAGGCCACCAGACUUGCGAUGCAAGAAAUCAUGACGAACGUUGAGGGGUUUACUAAGAAAAUCGAAGAAGUUGGUGCAUAUGCGGCUACGUCCAGCAAAUUGAUUGUUUCUGCGAGAGCUCAGGUUCUUGAAAACAUCAACAUUUCAAAGGGAGAGUGA